CGUUGACUGCUUCUGACACACUCGCCCUACUGGUUCCUUUCAACUGAGAAAUCCCACACUGAACAAUUGGACCACAGGAAGGGAAUUGGAAUAACCCUUUCAUUCUCUUCUGAACAAUUACCAUGAAACAAGCUAUGGAGGAUGGUGUCAGUGUGGUACUGUCCAGUGUGGUGAAGGAUGUUGACCAAGCUGUUAGCAGGAACAUUAAUGGUGCUCAGCUUCUGCAUGAACUACUGAGUGCACCGUGGCUUUGUGCCCUGCUGAAGAUUUAUGAGUGCCUGUUAAAGUUCCAGAGACUGACACCAAGCCCCGUUUUGCCUUAUGCUGCAGGACUCUCACAUGAGGUCAUAAAUGCAAUACUGACAGCUCAAAAGCCUUCAGCUCCAGCUAGAGAGUUGUGCAGCCUCCUGAGUUCACCUCAUAUCCAGGCUCUCUUGUCAUCUCAUGACAGUGUUGCACAGUCAGACUAUGAGCCUGUCUUACCCCCUCUGCCUGAUGAAAUACCAGAAGAUGAGGAGGCAAUGAGGAUUGUGUGUCUUGUAAAGAACAACCAGCCUCUGGGUGCAACUAUAAGAAAGGAUGAGGCGACGGGGGAUAUCUAUAUUGCCCGGGUGAUUCAUGGAGGAUUGGCUGACCGCAGUGGACUUCUACAUCCUGGAGACCUAUUAGUGGAGGUAAAUGGAAACCCAGUGGUGGGCCUGGAACCAGAACAGGUCAUCCAUAUACUGGCCGAUUCCCAAGGCACUAUCCUGUUUAAAGUCAUUCCAAAUCCAUCUCAGGCCAUCCUCAGCCAGACACCAGUAUGUAUGAGGGCAAUGGUAGACUACUGCCCUCUGCAGGAUUUUUCCAUCCCAUGUCCAGAUGCAGGAAUGGCAUUCAGCAGAGGAGACCUUCUUCAGGUGGUUGACCAGUCAGAUGGACAGUGGUGGCAAGCCAGGAAACUGCCCUGUGCUACAUCCUGCGCUGGUCUGAUUCCCUCUGCCAGCAUGCUGAAGAGUAAACAGAGGGAAAAAUGGUGGUGUCAGCCUUUACAGGUUCAUACCUGCAUCAGACCACUGACCCUGACUGCUAACGAGGAAAAUCCUGCAAAUUCUGAUGAGAAACAUGCAAUAACAGAUCUGGAGGAAAUAAAUUUUGAUGAAGCUGAAUCUGAUGUUACUGAUGGAAUCUACCUGGCUGGUUUCCGUCGAAGUUUCCGUGUCUGGAAGAGGACUUCCUACAGGAAGCGACGACAGUCGUGCACCACCUGCUCUCCCAACACCAAUGCUUUGUCCACCCCCUAUGAGGAAGUGGUUUUGUACCAGCGCCCUCCUCAGGAGAACCACCGCCUCAUCAUCCUCGUUGGUGCUUCAGGAGUUGGAGUAAAUGAAGUUAGGAAGAGACUCAUCAAACUGAAUCCUUCGACGUUCCAGGGACCAGUGCCUCACACCACUCGCUCAAUCAGAGCAGGGGAGCAGAACGGUAGAGAGUACCACUUUGUUACCAAAGAACUGUUUGAGUACAUGGUCUGCAACCACAGAUUUUUGGAAUAUGGGGAGAGUAAAGGUCAGCUGUUUGGAAUUAGCACUGAUGCCAUUGAUGAGGUGCGAAAACGAGGGCGGAUGUGUAUCAUUGACGCCGAGCCCCAUAGCAUCCAGCUGUUGCGAACAAAGAAAUUUAAACCCUAUGUAAUUUUCAUCAAACCACCCAGCCUGGACAGACUCAGGGAAACUCGGAGAGAUGCUGGAAUCAUCACCAAUUAUGCCAUCAACAGAGUUUUCUCAGAGGAAGACUUUGCAGAGCUUGAAGAGACAUCAAAGCUGAUUGAAGCAAAGUACAAGCAGUUUUUUGACAGCGUCCUGGUGAACGAUGACCUACAGGACGCUUGCAUAGAGCUCUGUUCCAUCAUUCAGCAGGCACAGGAUGAACCACAGUGGAUACCUGUAAGCUGGGGAAGAGCAGAGGAUUAGCACAGGGGAAGAAUAAAAUACUUAAAGAGAUACAAAAUGACAAUGUGAAAGUGAAAUAAGAAGAAACAGGCAGAAAAAAAUAUUUAAAGACACGGUGAAAUCCUCAGAGCAGAACACAAGGAUAAUACAUUUAUAUGGGAUGAACAGAUAAUCAGUCAUAUGAUUAUGAUGUGACACUAUCCAUGAUGUCAUAUCUUUGCAAUUUGGGAACAAAACUCUUUAUUUGUAUCCAGUGGUUGGUAACCCUAGCAACAGUUUGUUGUUUCAGUACACUUUAAUUAUAUUUCAUAUAAUCACUCCCACUUUUGAUGCUGUUUUUUUCAGUGACAGCUGUUCAAUGUAUUUACUUUCAGUCUUUCCCUCUCUGUACUGUAGUGAAAUCUUAUUGGUAUGUUAUUGGUAUGUUGUGGUUUAGAGGCUAAGUAGGCUUCAUUUUUAAUUUGAAAUGUAUGUCAUAUGGAAUGUAAUUAAGUACAGUUACUGUCAUAUAAAGGUACUUGCACUUUACUUGAGCAUUUCCAAAUUGGUCACCUUUGUGCUUUUGCUUCACAACAUUUCAAAGAUAUACACCACAACAUUCACUUAAAGUCUUUGGUAUUUGUGUUAAUAUAAUAUUCAGAUUUUACAUAUCAAACAAGUCAGUUAAAAGUUUAAAGUGUUACCAGCAGGAGCAGCUACAGCAGUUAAAUGAUAUCUGAACAUUAAUUCCGCAGUAGUUACAUAUUCUUGCUAUCCUGUAGGCAAAUUCAGUAUCUUGUUGGCUUUUUGUAAAAAUAAUGGUGACCACCAGUGCUACCGCUCAGCCUCUUGGUAGACACAACUAUGGUAUCAAUUUCAAAAUCCUACGUCGCCUUGUUCUCAAGUUAUCGCAUUCACAAACUUAGGUGUCCACGCUGCCUGCCUGCCCUGAGAAUGUCAAAAAGACAAAAUUGCCACUUCUUCAGCUCAAUAAUAAGAAAUAAAGAACAAUAUCUAAGACAACAAAAGGAAUACACAAUGAGAAUAUCUCAAAGAUACAUUCAUGUGAAGAUAAGUGACAUACAUUCAUAUUACACAGUACCCAGUAUGUGCUGGUAGUAGUAUCCACACAAACUCCACUAAUUCAGCAGUCUGUCAUGUUUCACUGACUGGUACAAAAACAUCAUAGCAGAACGAUUACACUCUUAUGUGUAACACUUGCCAAGGAAUCCUUUUCAUCAAAUUCUGAUGAUUUAAAGGUGAAAUGCAGUUAGUAAAAUGGCCUUCAUUUGUGAUUAGCCUUUUCCUUCUUGAAUAAAUAUAAAACAAGCGCUUGAGAAAUUGACUGAUUUUAUUUGUAGCUCUUUGGUCAAGAAAAUAAUUUGCUUUUGCAAUGAAUGUAGAACGUCUUAUUAACACUGUACAAAUGUUUAAUCACAGCAAUUGUAUUUUAAUGGCAUUGCAUUUGCAUGUAUAUGAUACACUAAAGUAAUUAAAACCAAAAUGUUACAAAUAAUAAUAAUAGUGAAAAAAAAUUGUUGUACUGUCAUGUAAGUUGCACACUGUGUUACAUUAACAUCAAACUGGUCCUAUCCCUUCACCUAAAAGUUACCAAAACUUAAAAUUAAAUCAACAGGGAACUGCUUUUGAUCUUCACAUUGUGUUCCAUUGUGUUAAAACAUCUUUGCAGACAGUUAAGAUGUUUAAUUACCUGACCUUCAUAGAAGCAAAAUAUAAAGUAUUCACUGUACCUGUAUGAUGGACAUGACUGAAACUGACAGCUUACAUUUCUCCUGUGAUGUUUUGCAUAACGUCCCGGUUUUUCCACUUUGGAAAAUUUGCAGCACAAGGGGAUAACACAUCUUUUUGUCCAGUGUGUUUACUAUUUUCGAGAAGCUUAAUUAUUUGCCAUGUUUAAACAACAGAACAACUCAGGUUGUUCAUUGUUAGUCUUAAAGGCACAGUUUUAUCAUUGUUUAAAUAUCUAUCUAUCAGAAAGGUCCUUUUCUGUUACUAUUGGACAAUACUCCACUUCCUUUGCCCCAAUUUUUGUGGUGUGCCUCAGGGGUCUGUUUUGGGUCCAACUCUGUUCUCCUUAUACAUGCUGUCUUUGGGAUUUCUUUUUAGGAAAUACAACAUCCCCUUUCACUGUUAUGCUGAUGACAUCCAAAUUUACUUCCCCUUGAAACUGGGUGUUUCUGUUCCACUGUAAUGUUAAAGACUGGUUAGCACAAAAUUUUCUCAUCCUGAAUGUAAAUAAGACUGAAGUCAUUCUACUUUGGAUAAGUUAACUGUUACCCUCAGUUCACUUGCUUGUCAUUGUCAAAGGAAAAUUGUUUAUAGUGAGAUCAGCUUCAUGAAAUGUGCUCUUUUAUUUAUCACUAAGCAAAUUUCUAUGUGACUUUUGACAUGUACUUUUGUGUGAUAAACAACUAACAGCUUGUUCUUUCUGUAAGAACAUACAGAUUUAGAAAAAGGGGAACCUCAGCUCAGAGUUCUUAGAAUAACUCUGUUAUCUUUGUACACACACACACACACACACACACACACACAAGCUUGUAUAAAUAAAGCACGCAGACAGUGAUGAGACGCAGGUCUUGCGUCCAUGACUGCCCUCGAGAGUAAAGACAA